AUGGCGCUCACGCGGGACGCUUGCAACACCCGCUCUCUCGGCCCGUCCCUCUUCGCCGCCGUCAAAGAGGCUCGCGUCUUGAUGGUUGGCGCUGGCGGCAUCGGCUGCGAACUCCUCAAGAACCUUGCCCUUACCGGCUACCACGAGAUCCACGUAGUCGACCUUGACACUAUCGACCUCAGCAACCUCAAUCGCCAGUUCCUCUUCAGACACGAGCACAUCAAGAAGUCAAAAGCGCUGGUCGCGACCGAAGUCGCCAAGAAGUUCAACCCCAACGUCAAGAUCGUCGCACACCAUGCCAACAUCAAAGACUCAACCUUCAACGUCGAGUGGUUCCGAGGCUUCAAGAUCGUCUUCAACGCGCUCGACAACCUCGAUGCGCGGAGGCAUGUCAACCGCCUGUGCCUCGCCGCCGACGUCCCCUUGAUCGAGAGCGGAACCACGGGCUUCAACGGUCAAGUCCAGGUCAUCAAGAAGGGCGUCACCGCCUGCUACGACUGCACAGCUAAAGAGACACCCAAGUCGUUUCCGGUCUGCACAAUUCGCAGCACUCCCAGCCAGCCGAUACACUGUAUAGUCUGGGGCAAGAGCUAUCUGCUCAACGAGAUUUUCGGCACGAGCGAGGACCAAGGCGCGCUGGAUGUAACAGAGGACGCCGACAACGCCGCCGAGAUUGCCGAGCUGAAGAAGGAAGCAGAGGCCCUGAGAAAGAUCCGCGACUCGGUCGGCAAGCCAGAGUUCCCGCAAAUGCUCUUUGACAAGGUCUUCAACUCGGAUAUCGAGAGAUUACGCUCCAUGGACGACAUGUGGAAGUCGCGUUCACCACCUACUGCCCUCAAGUAUGAAGAUCUGCUCGUCAAAUCAUCAGACGCGAUUGCAAACAAGACUGCAGUGCUCGAGGAUGGCCAGAAGAUUUGGUCGCUAGAGGAGAACUUGGCCGUCUUCAACGACAGUCUGGAUCGGCUGAGCAAGAGAAUGCUCGAGCUGAAGAAGGCCCAUGAAACAGCGUCCAAAUCGCCUGAGCCCACGAUAUCUUUUGACAAGGACGAUCAGGACACCCUCGAGUUUGUCGCGGCGAGCGCCAACAUUAGAUCGCACAUCUUCGGUAUCGACAAGAAGUCGUGCUUCGACAUCAAGCAGAUGGCUGGCAACAUCAUUCCCGCCAUUGCCACAACAAAUGCGAUCGUGGCAGGUCUGUGCGUGCUGGAGUCUUUCAAGGUUAUGAAGGGAGAGUACGACAAGGCAGGAGAGGUCUUCUUAUCGCCAUUCAACAACCAAAGACUGCUGGCGCCGGAUCGGCCCCGUCCGCCGAACCCGGACUGCCCGAUCUGCAGCCCCUUCCAGACAAGCAUAUACGUUGACCUGUCCAAGGCCACGCUCAAGGACCUGGUUGAGGACUUCAUACAAGUUCAGCUGGGCUUUGGCGACCGGGAGUUUGCCGUCAAUACAGAGGCUGGCCUCGUCUAUGACCCCGAUGAGACAGAUAAUCUUGAGAAGAGACUCUCCGAUCUGAGUAUCAAGCAAGAUAGCUUCAUUACUGUGGUGGACGACUCGGAUGACGACACGUUUGUGAAUAUCGUUCUCAAUGUGCUGGAAGCCAAGGAGCCUCUUGGUGACAAGACCAUCAAGGGCAUCCUCGAAGGAGCGCCUGAAAUACCACGGAAACCCAAGAAGGAAUCCGCGCCCGAAGCUGGCGCGACCAAUGGCACCAAUGGCGAAAAGUGUGCCGCGGAUGCUGACGCGACGAGUAACGAUCUCAAGCGAGCACGCACCGAUGAUGGCGAGGCGCCUCAGGCCAAGAAGGCCAAGACCGGAGCUGCUCCGAGUGAAGGCGACGACGUUGUAGUGGUUGACGAAGGCGCCAACGGUGGCGCGAUCGUCAUCGAUGAUGACUAG